AUAGCAGCUCAUCACUAGUUGCGCAUGCUCUCUGGGAAACAUCGCCUUCAUGGAAUUUGGUCGUGCCGUUUUUACGCAACAGUUUACAUUAAUCAGGGAGUUGUUAUAGUGACAACUUCCUGCAGUAAUAAAGAUUGAAACCUGGUUGAAUGGCAUAAUGACAGGUCAUCUCACAAGAAGACUGCUUUUCUUUCGCUAUAUGUCAAGCAUUUAUACAUUCCAAACACAGAAUUUACCAAGAGGCUUUAAUUCCUCAAGCAAUAAGCAAGCAUCAAUCAACUCCACUGUGCAACGAGAAAAAUUAGUUAUACUAGGAACUGGCUGGGGUGGCUACAGUGUACUACGAAAUGUCAACAAGAAGCAUUACGAUGUAAUAGUCGUCAGUCCACGGAACCAUUUUCUUUUUACACCAUUGCUGGCAAGCACAACCGUUGGCACACUUGAGUUCAGGAGUAUAAUUGAACCAGUCAGGAACACUGGAUUCCGUAAGACCGACCACUUUCACUUAUCAGAAGCCAUUGGCAUAGAUGCGAAAGAGAAGACACUUGAGUGCCAAAGUGUGUUGACACUGGGAAAGGCAUAUAAAAUUAAGUACGACAAACUUAUUGUAGCAGUCGGUGCUUUGAGUAACACCUUUGGUGUACCAGGUGUUUAUGAACACACAUCAUUCUUGAAGGAGAUUGCUGAUGCACGGAAUAUUCGCAACCGUAUCUUAAGUAACUUUGAAUUGGCACUGCAUCCGGGAAUCUCUCUCGAGGAACGCAAGAGGCUUCUUCACAUUGUCAUUGUAGGUGGCGGGCCCACAGGUGUUGAGUUUGGAGCAGAACUGUAUGACUUUUUACGCGAGGAUGUAUCAAGACUGUACAGUGAGGAGAAAGAUCUGAUGGCAGUAUCACUGAUUGAGGCUAACAAAAUUCUGUCAUCAUUUAGCGAAGGAUUGCAAGCCUACGCUGUGAAGAAAAUCCAGUCCAGAAAGCAGAUGAAGCUAGUGCAAUCUCAUGUCACAGAGGUUCAUGAAGAUGGUGUGAAGCUGUCAGAUGGAACAUUUCUGCCUUGUGGUAUUGUUGUUUGGUCUACUGGACUAGCCCCUAGGCCAUUUGUGAAGAUGCUAGAUUUUGACAAGAACCCAUCUGGUCAGUUACUCACAGAUGACAAAUUGAGAGUGCUGGGAGAUGAGACCAAUUCUAUUUAUGCUCUUGGUGACUGUGCUGAUAUACAAGGCAAUAGCUUACCCUGCACUGCCCAGGUUGCUGAACGACAAGGCAAGUACCUUUGUGAGAGUCUAGAGUGUAGCAGAAAGGGUGAAAAUGUUAAGCCUUUUGUUUUCAAGAAUAUGGGCAUGUUGGCUUAUCUAGGUAGCUACAAGGCUCUCACCGAUACACCUGGUGUCAAGGCGCAAGGAUUUCAUUCUUGGUUACUAUGGCGAUCAGCUUACCUGACACGACUCGGAAGUUGGCGACUGAGAAUGCAAGUACCAAUUGAUUGGACAAAGACCUUGUUGUUUGGAAGAGACACUUCCAGGUUCUGAACGCAUUACAAAUCAAUGGCGAUUAAUCAAAUGUGUCAAUAUAGCAAUCACUGUUGGUAACAGUACAGUAUCACCAUGACAACAGAAUGACCAAUAACAAACAAACCUUCCUUAUUCAUCUACUAAAACAUUAAUUAUAGAUUGGAAGUUAGUAAGCUGAAAUCUGGUAAGGUUGCAACUGAUUCAGAGUAGAUUCUGAAUAGAGAUGUAAUUAGUUUUUAUUCUAAUU